GAGGGAGGUGGAGGGGGCACGGAGAACAGGCGUACCCCCGAUGGGGAUGGACACCGGGACAGCCCGUUGUCAUGGCCGCAGAACGAGGAGGACCACCAGAUGUUCCGGGAUGCUGAGGAACAGCCGGGUGAAAUGGCGUCGGGUUCUCCCAGCUACUACAGCUCCUUCCUGCUGACCAUCAUCCUGAAGGAGGGACGCAACCUGGUCAUCAGAGACCGCUGUGGGACCAGCGACCCGUAUGUGAAGUUCAAGCUGGAGGGGAAGACCUUCUACAAGAGCAGGGUGAUCUACAAGAACCUGAACCCCGUGUGGAACGAGUCAUUCGUCCUGCCCAUCAAAGAACUGGAGCAGGUCCUCCACGUCAACGUGUACGACCGCGACCUGACCUCGGACGACUUUAUGGGCUCGGCCGACGUCCUCCUGAGUGAACUGGAGAUGAACAAGGACAACGAGCUGAGCCUGGCCCUGGACGACCCCAACAGCCUGGAGGCCGACAUGGGGAACCUCCUGCUGGACAUGAGGCUCUCCCCGCGGGACCCCGACGGCGUCUCCUCGUCUUCUAAUAAGCCUCACAACGCGCGUCUGGCCGAGGUGCUGAGGAAGGGCCAGCUGUGGACCAGCGUGGUGGUGGUGACCCUGGUGGGGGCCAGGGGCCUGGAGGUGGACAGUCCCGGGGACCUGUUCGUCCGCCUCCGGCUCGGAGACCAGAGGCACAAGAGCAAGAACCACUUCAAAACGGCCAAUCCUCAGUGGAGGGAGAGGUUCAGCUUCAACCAGUUCACUGACGCAACGGGGAUCCUGGAGGUGGAGCUGUGCACCAAGCUGGGAACCCGCAACCAUGAGAUACUGACAGGGUUUGAGGUGGACUUCUCCAGCCUACCCAUGAACAAGAACCAGCAGUUCAAAGCAGAGCUGGGCCAGAGUGGCGGCUACAUGCUGCUCCUGGUGUCCCAGAGCGUGUGCAGCGGCGUGUCCAUCUCUGACCUGGCUGCCGCGCCCCUCGCCGCCGGGGAGGAGAGGGAGAACCAGCUGGAGAAAUACAGGCUGGCGAAGUCCUUCGAGAACCUAGGAGACAUCGGUUAUCUCCAGGUGAAGAUCCUCAAGGCCACAGAUCUCCUAGCUGCAGAUCUCAACGGAAAGAGCGAUCCGUUCUGCGUUCUGCAGCUGGGGAACGACCGGCUGCAGACGCACACCAUCUACAAGACCCUGAAUCCUGAGUGGAAUGAAGUCUUCACCUUUCCCAUCAAGGACGUCCACGAAGUUCUGGAGGUGACUAUCUUCGAUGAGGACGGAGACAAGGCACCCGACUUCCUGGGGAAAACUGCCAUACCCCUCCUGAUGGCCCCCAACAGGCAGCAGAUCACCCUGCCCCUGAAGAAGGAGAACCUGGGCUCCCUCUCCAAGGGGGUCCUCACCCUGGAGCUGGAGCUGCUGUUCAACCCGGUCCGAGCGAGCGUGAGGACCUUCUCGCCCAAGGAGACGAGGUUCAUCGAGGACAAUCCCAAGUUCUCUAAAAAGAUUCUGGGCCGUAACAUCACGCGUGUGCGGACGCUGAUCCGGGCGGUGCUGUCCACGGGGCGCUACGUCAAGAGCUGCUUCCAGUGGGAGAGCACCCAGAGGAGCAUCACCGCCUUCCUGGUGUUUCUUCUGACGGUCUGGAACUUCAACUUCUGCAUGCUGCCCUUCUUCUUGGUGCUGCUCUUCUCCUGGAACUACUUCCAGAUCUCCUCCGGGCGCGUGGUCCACGACCUGGACAACAUAGACGUGGGAGAUGACGAUGACGAUGAGGAAGCUGAGAAGAAGGGGCUGAUGGAGAAGAUCCACAUGGUGCAGGACACCAUCAUCACCGUGCAGAACUUCCUGGACGAGAUCGCCUGCUUUGGAGAGAGGAUCAAGAAUACUUUCAACUGGUCUGUCCCCUUCCUGUCCAACCUGGCGUUCCUGGUCCUCAUCAUGGUCACCAUCAUCUGCUACUUCAUCCCAAUUCGCUACCUAAUUCUAUUAUGGGGCAUCAAUAAAUUCACCAAGAAGCUACGGAAGCCCCACGCCGUCGAAAACAAUGAGCUGCUAGACUUCCUGUCCAGGGUGCCUUCAGAUGUAGAGAAGGCCCAGUACAGAAGCGUCAGGACCACUGCCAGCCCCCAGCACCACAACAUACUGAAGAAGAAGAAGACAUCCUAGCCCCUCCUCUGGAGCUGUUUCUGUUGGGGUGCUGGUUCUGUUGGUGGACCCUCCUUCUGGUCCCCCCCAGGGGUCCACAGAACCCAGGGCUUUCGGGCCCCUCUGGGAAGGUUCUGGAGCACAUGGAUGUUUCUGGAGGCAGAUUGGUUCUCCCGAACAGACAUUGACUUGUGAUUAUGUUACAGGUUUGGGAGCAGAACAUGAGGCCGCUCUAUGAAUGUACAUCUCUAUUUUAUACAAAAGAUUCUUCGGAAAACUCUAUUUUGUUAUUUUUUAACAUUUAUGAUAGCUUCAUGGAACCGAUUCUUACAGCACACGAAUGCGACCAAAGGAAUGUCUCUCACCGCCGGAAUCCUGUCUGCAUCGUGUAACUGGAGUUACCGCGCUGGAUAUGUUAUAUACAAUACACAAAAUGUAUAUUUUAAGAAAAACAUCAAGAAUGAUUAGGUGUUUUGUUAGUGUAGAAAGUGUUGGAUUAGGGGUUUGUAAAUUAAGUAUUUGUAUGUCUCUACACUAGCAUCCUUGCAGCCCCACUACAUUCUUCUCCUGAGAGACAGAGUUUGAUCUUAAGAACGACAUUAGAAGAACUUCUCCGAAUGAGAACGACUUACUCAGUCUGAUUCUAUUCCAGCGACUGUCUCAUAUGCAAGAUGCCCAUCCGCCAUGCUUUGUAUUCUACCUUCGCGCUAGCAACGUAGCACGAGCGCUUCUGGAGGAACAUUAUAUUUAUUCAUAUCCUUCUUGUGAUCACCAUUUCCAAAGGCAAUAAACAGUUACGAUCA